CAUACCGGGCACAGGUGUGUCGUUGGAUUUUACUUAUUAUCUACUAUUACAGAAAAUGAUGAUGCAGAAUCUAUCUGGUGCGACUUACCCGCCUCCCCCACCUACAGGUCUGGGGUUUGGUGGAACACUUGCCCCUUCCUUUCCCGGAGGGUCUUUCUUUCACGGUCACCUGCCGUCCUCCUUUAAUUCUGGAUUCCCUGCUUCCGUACAAGCCUUCACGCUGGCGGAGAAACUGGCCGCGGACAUUCUACUGGAGGCAAGAUACGGUCAACACCGGAAACAGAGACGAAGCAGGACUGCAUUUACGAACCAGCAGCUGUCCGCACUGGAGAAAACAUUCUCAAAAACCCACUACCCGGAUGUAGUUAUGAGGGAACGUUUAGCUAUGAUGACUAACCUGCCUGAAGCAAGAAUACAGGUCUGGUUUAAAAACCGAAGAGCUAAAUUCCGAAAGAAGCAGAAGGUAACGAAAGGGAAAACAUCGACGGAAACAAAGACAGUGGCUAAAACAAAUACAACCGGUAGUAAGGAUGGGUCCACAGUGGUUGACAAACAGGAGGAAAUAAAUGUUACCGAAAACGUGACUGGUGCAUCUUCACAAAAAAGCCAAACAGAGUCGGACGAUUCUUCUGAAGGAAUUGAUGUCACAAGCGACACCAAAAAUGACGAAGACGAUGAGAGGUGUGACAGCCCGCCGGAGUAUUUACUAGAUAAACCAGAUAUGUCAUAUUGCCGUCAAUCAACAGAUCCACCGUCCAAUAACAUUCUCCCAAACAUCAACGUAUUUCAUUGGCAGAACCAACAGCUGUCUGGAGCAGUUCUUCACAAGCAUGCGCAAAUGCAACUCCAACAACAGACCGCAAACAUGCUUAAUAUGACGUCACGUUAUCCGGGAUUUAAUCCCGGCUAUUCCCUUAAUCACCCUGCACUGUUACCCCCUCCGACUGUGCGGUACGACUCCUUACAUAACCGUGGUUUGAUGCCGUUUGCAGUUAAAGACAAUGCUUUGAGUACUAGCUUGGAUAACCUUCGGUUCAGGGCCAGGCACUUCUCUCAUCCAAUGGGAUAUAUAGACAAUCUAUAAAAAUGGAAUCUAAUAGUCAUUCCCUGAUUGUACAAAUGUUUUUUAAAA